AUGGCCUCCAUCAUCCAAAAAGGCACCAGGAACAUCCUCACCAAACAACCCACCGACAUCGUCUUUCUCUCCGCCCUCCGCACGCCCGUCACGCGCGCCAAAAAGGGCGGCUUCAAAGAUGCCCAGGACCACGAACUCCUCGCCCACGUCCUCCGCGCCACGCUGGCCGCGAACCCCAACCUCGACCCUUCCAAGAUCCAAGAUAUCCACAUCGGUACGGUGCUGAGUGAACUGGGCGGCUCGAAAGCGGGACGCAUGGCGGCGCUGCAUGUAGGGGUUCCGGAGACGGCGUCGUUCCAGACGGUGAAUCGCGCGUGCAGUAGUGGGCUGAGCGCGAUUACGGGCGUGGCGCAUGCGAUUGCCACGGGGAUGAUCGAUGUGGGUGUCGGUGGAGGGAUGGAGAGCAUGACCAAGAACUAUGGGAGUCGGGCGAUCCCCACCCAACUCUGGGGCGCGCUGAAGGAGAGCGAGGUCAAGGAUGCGAGGGAGUGUAUCAUGUCGAUGGGGUUGACGGCGGAGAAUGUCGCGGAGAGGUAUGGGGUUGCGAGGGCGGAGCAGGAUGCUUUUGCCGCCAAGUCGCAUCUCAAGGCCGCGAAGGCGCAGAAAGAGGGGUUGUUCGACAAGGAGAUUGUGUCUGUCACGACGAGGUGGCAUCCGAACCCGGAGCAGCCUGAGCUGGAAGAGGGGAUUACCGUGAGCAAGGAUGAUGGCAUCCGGCCGAAUAGCUCACCAGAGUCGCUGGCGAAGAUGAAGCCGGCGUUUAAGGAGACGGGGACGGCAACGGCGGGGAAUAGCAGCCAGGUCAGCGAUGGGGCGGCGGCGGCGUUGAUGAUGAGGAGGAGCACGGCGGCGGAGUUGGGGUUGACGAGCAGUAUUAUUGGGAAGUGGGCGGGCACGCAGGUGGUGGGAUGCAAGCCGGAUGAGAUGGGCAUUGGGCCUGCGUUGGCGAUUCCCAAGCUGUUGGAGUAUACUGGCGUGCAGAAGGAGGAGAUUGGUAUCUGGGAGAUCAACGAAGCUUUUGCGAGCCAGGCCGUGUAUUGUGUGAGGGAGCUGGGGAUUGAUGAGGACAAGGUCAAUCCUAAGGGCGGUGCCAUUGCGCUUGGUCAUCCUUUGGGCGCGACGGGGGCGAGACAGUUGGCGACGUUGCUGCCGGAGUUGGAGAGGCAGGGCCAAGAGUUGGGUGUGGUGAGCAUGUGUAUUGGGACGGGGAUGGGAAUGGCGAGUUUGAUUGUGAGGGAGUAA